AGAGUGAAGAUACUAAGGUCAGUGUGCCGCCCACUUCUCGCACCAUGAAAAUCCAACAACAAACAUUUUAAAAUACAGAAUCAUCGGAGUUGACUGUUGCUGAAAGUAGCCUGAUGACACAUUAGCCUUUUCUCACCAACUUGUGCGUGACGCGUCGGCUCGGUGUCACUUUUCCGUCACAGUGGAGAUGACGUCAUAUUUAUGUGUGGACUUCACAAUGGAUUUAUUAUGACGGGCUCUCGUGUGUGUGACCCCGGCUCGAAACAGCCGUCCUGAUUGGCCGCAUGAGCCUCUGUCAUCUUCUCUUUCACCUGCUUUAACAUGACGGAGGCACAAACAUCAGAUGCUGCUGCUGUGAACCUGCGGUGACACUGGAUGGGACCGAAGUUGAGCGUCCGGGUUUCACUGCAACGAGAGGAAAAGAAAACGAAGGGUUCUCGACCUGAUGUUUGAGGCACUGGAACGUGAAUGAAUCGAUCACCUGGAGGAGAGGCAUUGGAAAUUAUCGACGCGCUGCGGACGCCACGGCGAUGGGGAGGAGAGAGCCCUGAUCUGACUGUACGUGACAUGAGAUCAGGAGAAUUGCUGCUGGAUUAAAUGAGCUGUAACCAUGGUGACACUGGUCAAACCAGCGCUGCUGCUACUUGUAUGGCAGAGUGUUUGGUCUUUGGACGUCCCUCUGGAAAUCAGACAACCCCCCACCAUUGUGAAGCAGUCGAUGAAGGAGCAUAUUGUUGACCCUAAAGACACCAUGGUCAUCGAGUGUGAAGCCAAAGGAAACCCUCAUCCCAUUUUCUCUUGGAGGCGCAACGGGAAGUAUUUCAACGUGGCGCGUGACGCUCAGACGUCCAUGCGCAGGCGCUCGGGGACGCUGGACAUCUACGCCUGGAACGAUCCAGAACAGUACGAGGCAGAGUACCAGUGUAUCGCCUCCAAUGAGUACGGCUCCGCAUACUCCCACAAGAUCCGACUCCGACUUUACAGAGCUCCUGUGUGGCCGAGGGAGAUCCUGGAGCCGGUGGUGGUCAGCGCUGGUCUGCCCCUGGUCUUGUCCUGUGACCCUCCCCCUGGUCCUCCUAAACCGGAGACCUACUGGAUGUCCAGCUGCUCGUACGCGAGACCUUUCAACUGGCCGAUCCAGACGGCCUUCCCCACCACGCAGCCUGUGCGGCAGGACCGUCGGGUUUCCAUGGGAGUCAACGGAGAUCUGUACUUCUCUCAUGUCCUGUUCAACGACUCCACCGCUGACUACUGCUGUAACGCCCGAUUCCCGUACAAGAACGUCAUCCAGCAGAAGAUGCCCGUGGUCGUCAAAGUGCUCACAACUCGGACGGUGGCCGAGGCCGCCCCCACCUGGUUGUCUCCGUCAGGCUCGUCCAGCUCCACGCUGGUGCUGCAGGGGGAGGAGCUGCUGCUGGAGUGCAUCGCUGCAGGAGUGCCGACUCCUCGCAUCACCUGGACCAGGGACGGCGAGGACCUGGCGGCGACGCCGCGCAUGAGAUUUAAGAACUUCAACAAGAUGAUUCAAAUCCCCAAGGCGUCGUUCGAGGACGUCGGUGAAUACGUGUGCGCUGCCACCAAUAAGAUCGGCUACAUUGAGCACACGAUAACCGUCAGGGUCAAAGCGGCUCCGUUCUGGUUGGAGAAGCCCAGUGACUUGGUCUUGGCUCCUGAGGAGAAUGGGCGUCUGGUUUGUCGCACCGAUGGCGCUCCUCGUCCCACAGUCGCCUGGUUCGUCAACGGGGAACCGAUUGAAAGUGACACACCACAGCCGAACAGACAGGUGUCAGGAGACACGCUGAGCUUCCGCAGUGUGACGGCCGCUAACACUGCCGUCUACCAGUGCAACGCCUCAAACCAGUACGGCUACUUACUGGCCAAUGCUUUUGUCAACGUGCUGCAUGCGACACCUCGUAUUCUCGGGCCGAGUAACGAGCUCGUCAAGGUGACGGAGGGCAGUCGGACCUUCCUGGAUUGCCGCUAUUUCGGUUCUCCGGUGCCUGACUUGCGAUGGUCCAAAUAUGGGCAGGGAAAUCUGGAGGGAAAUCGUUUUAGGACCCACGGCAACGGGACCCUGGAGAUCAAACGUAUACAGAUAGAGGACCAGGGAACGUACCUGUGUGUCGUCAGCAACAUCGCAGGAAGAGACGAGAGUCAGGUCCGAAUAGAGGUCAAAGAGCCGACAUUAAUCGUCACAAGACCUCAGAGUAUGAAAGUCAUCCGUGGGAGCGACGUGCGAUUCGAGUGUGGGGUGAAGGCAGACGUCAGUACUCCGGUCACAACCACCUGGAUGAAAGACAAGAAGCUGCUCAGUCUUGGCUGGAGAACCUCUAUGGACGAAUCAAACCUGGUCAUCACUAAUGUAAACAGAGGCGAUGAGGGUAAUUAUACGUGUGUCGUCAAGAGCGAGCUGGACCAGAAAUCUGCCUCAGCGCGUCUAAUGGUGAUGGACCGUCCGAGUCCUCCCACUGAUUUGGAGUUGUCGGAUCCAUAUGAACGUAGCGUCCGACUCAGUUGGGUUCCCGGAGACAGCAACCACAACCCCAUCACAGAGAACUUAGUGCAGUACGAUGACGACGACUGGUUACCAGGGAAGUGGAGAAACCUGUCGACGUACCCGGGGAACCUCAACUCGGUCAUUCUGCAUCUCCAACCUUUCACUUACUACGAGUUCAGGGUCAUCGCUAUAAAUGAAAUAGGACAAAGUCGCCCCAGUCGCCCGUCGAAGCGCUUCCAGACCAGCGGUGCACCCCCAGAUGUCAUCCCGAAGAAUGUAAAGGGCGUGGGUACAUGGAGGAACAACAUGGAGAUCAGCUGGGAGCCUCUGACCUACAGAGAGUGGAACGGGCCCCACCUCAAGUACCUGGUGUGGUGGAGGAGAAGAGAUUCCCGAGAGGAGUGGAAGAACGCCACCACCAAAUGGCUGAAGUACUACAUCUACGAUGCCGAUACCUUCACUCCGUAUGAGCUCAAAGUCCAGGCCGUCAAUGACUUUGGGCUGGGCCCGGAGUCCCCGGUCGUCAUUGGUUACUCUGGGGAAGACCGUCCGUUAACUGCUCCCCUGAACCUGAGGGUGUCCGACAUCGAGAGCACUCAGGUGACUCUGCACUGGGACCUGGUGACACGCAACUCAAUUAAGGGGGAACUGAAGGAUUACAAGGUUUACUACUGGAGGGACAGCAGCCAGCUGAGGUGGCUGAGGGUGAACAGAGGGAUGAGGUCUCAAGCUUUUCCAGACACUGGUCCGGAGCCAUCCGGCGUCCUGGCUGGGCUCGUCCCCUACAGCAACUACAAGAUGUACAUAGUGGUGACAAACAAUCGAUACGAAGGGCCACCCAGUAAUAAUAUUCACUUCUCAACACCCGAGGGAGUACCAUCUGCUCCCAGCUCCUUCAGGAUCCAACAGCGACAUCUGGACAGUAUUUAUGUCGACUGGGACCUGCCAGCAGAACCCAACGGAAUCAUCACUGGUUAUUCCCUCAAGUACCAGACAGUGAAUGCCACCAGGGGAGAGGAGCUGCAAGUUGAGGAGUUCCCUCCAAACGUAACAAGCUUUUCCGUCCGCCGAUACGACCGCUACACUCGAUACAGAUUCUCUGCGGCGGCGCGAACUCGGCUCGGAAUAGGGGAGUGGCAUAUGGAGGAGUCACCCCACUACACCACUGAGACGUACGCUCAGGACCAGGUGGACAUCACCACUCAGGGCUGGUUCAUCGGGAUAAUGUGCGCGGUGGCGCUCAUCGUGCUCAUACUCCUCGCGGUCUGCUUCAUCAAGAGGAGCCGAGGUGGGAAAUACCCAGUGCGGGAAAAAAAGGACAUUUCCCUGGAGCCGGUGGAUGACAAAGAUCAAGACGGAUCAUUUGAUUAUCGGUCUCUGGAAAGGAUAGCACGUGUCUCCACUCUGCCCUUCCCGCGGAGGGAGGAGGAACGAGGCCUUCAGAGAGGCCAGCCGUCCACGGAGGCGAUGAUGAAGCCAUCGGACAGUGACGACAGUCUGGUGGAGUACGGAGACGGAGGAGAGAUACAGUUCAACGAGGACGGCUCCUUCAUCGGCCAGUACACGGGAACCAGGCGAGACGUCAGGGAGCUGGACUUUGGUGGAAGUCUCGAGCUUCACUCGCCGAUGAACACGAUCUACUCGCUGGCAUGAAACUCAAAAUU